AAGCAAUCAGCUCGCCUCAACCUCCCAAAGGGCUGGGAUUACAAACAUGAGCCACCACGCCGGGCCGUAAAAGGACAUUCGUGAGAUAGUCACAGACAACGGGUCACAACCUGGUUAUUGGGUUUACAGCAAGCCGUGAUUCCUGAGGAAACUAAAAAAGCUCUCUGGACAACGGGGCCCAGAGCUGAUGGCAGACAAUGUCAGCCACUAACAACAUAGCACAGGCCCGGAAGCUGGUGGAACAGCUACGCAUAGAAGCCGGGAUUGAACGUAUCAAGGUCUCCAAAGCGGCGUCUGACCUCAUGAGCUACUGUGAACAACACGCCCGAAACGACCCCCUGCUGGUCGGCGUCCCUGCCUCCGAGAACCCCUUUAAGGACAAGAAACCUUGUAUUAUUUUAUAACUGUGUUCUCGUAUGUGCGCUCUCUCUCUCUCGCUCUCGCGCUCUCUCUCUGUGUCUCAGGCAGGGCAUCAUUCAGUAAUUAGCUCAAACAAAACAUCUCAAGUCCCCAAAACGUUUAAUUCCCAAAGAAAUCCACCCUUCCCCCCAAAAAAGACGUUCCCACUGCCUGGAUGGGGUAGAAUGUACCUUGUAGGUGUAGAUGGGGUUUCGAGUCCGACCCCAUGGCCCUCUCAGUUUGGGCAAAGCUGGGAUGGAGGCUUUACGGCCACUUCCCGUUCGGUGUAACUGAAAUCCCCCAGUGAUGUGGGAACCAUUUGUAAAAAUCUCCAUUGCCGUUUCGAUUGUGGACGCGGCACCGAGGGCGAAGGGAGGUGACUUCACCCGGUGGCAGCAGUUACGGGAGAACUGGCCAUUUGUAAAAAGACUUCACGGGGUCACUGAGAUGCUUUGUGUUGUUUUUAAGUAGAGGUAAAAUUGAGGUGGGGGGGAGGUGACAUCGUGAACCUUUUUUGGAAAUAUCUCUCCAUUUAAAAAGUUGUUAUUCCGUACGGCUAAACUCGGACUGUGGUGGUCGAACCCGUCGCUAAACUGUACCAUCAAGCAAUGAAUGCACGAUGGACCGUGGGGGCUGGGAGGGGACUUCGCCUAUGAAAAGUUGACAAGUGUGACUCCCCUGCAUGAUUUUUGCCAUGGAUCCUUUCUUCAGGGUCCCCUCUGUGCCAGAAACGGGUUUUCGGGACUUGCCCAAGGGGAGCGGUCACCGGCCCGGCCCAUCCUGUUUUUGGAUUUUUUUUUUUUUUGAGAUAGAAUUUCGCUCUCGUUACCCGGGCUGGAGUGCAGUGGCACGAUCUCGGCUCCCUGCAACCUCCGCCUCCCCAGUUCAAGCGAUUCUCCUGCCUCAGCCUCCUGAGUAGCUGAGACUACAGGCACGCGCCACCACGCCCGGCUAAUUUUUGUAUUUUUAGUAGAGAUGGGGUUUCACCAUGUUGGCCAGGCUGGUCUCAAACUCCUGACCUCGUGAUUCCCCCGCCUCGGCCUCCCAAAGUGCUGGGAUUACAGGCAUGAGCCACCCCGCCCGGCGUGUUUUCAGCUCGAGGCAUCUGUGUGGCCGGGAGAGGCUUUGACCAUCCUUGGUUCUUCCGGCUUGUUCUACCCUCUGACAUCCACCACAGACAUUUCUCAAACAGAAAUGCAGGCUGGGGAGCCGCGGCUGGGCGGCUGGGGCUCCCCUGUGCUGCCCUGUAUACAAAGCUGUUCCAUGAUCUUGAAGUGACUUUGAAGGACGCCGGGAGGUGAGACGUUGUCCCGGAGAUCGAAACGUCCGCUCAAAACGUUGCCCUGUCGCUCGAACCCAAUCUUUUCGCUUUUCCACCCUGUGCAACCCGGGACGGCUGCCUGAGGCCGGGAGAUGCGUUAGGCGCAGAACGGGUCACUCCUCCCAGCGGCAAGUGGAAAUCGAAGAUGCCAUGGGGUCAGGGGGAGGCUUCUGAAAGACGACUGUGUCCUCCUCUGCGGCACAGACGGGAGCAGGUGCAGCCACAUCCUCCCGGGCCUGCUGGCGUCACCUGGGGCCACGCCUGAGCUGGACCCUGAGCUGGACCCUGAGCCGCCGGGACCCCACACAGCCCUGAUUGCAGGAGGCCUGGCCGCCCCGGCCCCCCUCCACGGGGCUGGCCCAGAAGCAAGUAGUAGAAAAAAAAAAAAAAACUAGCCUAGCCCUAUCCCUCCAGUCCCAGUGGAAAUGGGCGUCUAAGGACCCGUGCCAAGAGGGCUCCUGGACGGCUGCCCAGGUCCUCUGUGCAGGCCCAUGGGGCGGGGAUCCCUGCUCAGCUCCCUUCCUGGGGCGACUGCCGGGGUUCCCACCUCACAAGGCUAGAGGGUUCUGUGUGUUGCCGGUGCAGGGAGAGUGACCUUCACUCCUCAACCUCGGGCGGCUCCCACAGACAACAGCUGGACUCCCCACCCCCGGCACCCAGCUCUCUACGGCCGGUCCGGGAGGGCUGGGGCUUUGGGGAGCCCUCCCCACCAAACCUGCUGUUGGCCCAGGAGAGCCCCAGGGGCUCCCCACAGACUGCAGCCUCCUGUGGUUGGGCUGGGAGCUGGCGGGGCUUGGGGUGUGGGCAUCCCCACCACCCAUAGCAGGAAUGGCAGGAAGAGACAAAAGUCUGUUCCAGAAACCCCGGGAGGACCCCAGGCAGGGAGACCCUGCCUGCCCCCACCCUUCCCAACAAGCCAUCUUGGUAACUGGGAACAAACGCACCGCAGCCCGUUUUUCCUUAAAAGAGGCCUUAAUCCCUGAGCCCCCGCUGCCAGGGCAGAGGGAGGAGGGGGCACAGCUGUGCCAAGCCUGGCCCCACUGGUGUGUCCUAACGAUGUGACCCCAGAAAUGCCAGCGGGGAACGGAGGCCGCUGCAGAGACACAGCCCAGGCAGCCGGGCCUCCUAGGCUGGUGGAGAUGGUGGGGUUAAAUCCCGGCUUCCAGGGACUCUUAGCUCCAAAGGCCCCUAGAGUCACGUCCUCCCGCCCCACAGACGGGACCCUGCACAGAAGUCAGAGGGCCUGGGGUCCAAGCGUUCUAGGUAAACUGAGGCUCAGGGAGGGGAAGGACAGGCUGGCCUCUCCUUCACUGUCCAUAGGGCCUUGGGUUCCCUGAGCUAUCCAGACCCCACCAUCUCCCGGACCCCAGGGAGGUGGCCAUUGCCAGAAGCCUGUGGAUUUUCUAGCUUGGGGGAUUAAAAAAAAAAAUUCUCCCCUUUUUUUUCUUGUAGAGUAAACCUCAGUGACCACAGUGUGGAAAAUACUUUUGCAGACGAGCCCACACACCCACCGCCGCACGUGCUUUUCUGCCGGGAAUCCCUGGGGUGAACGCGUGUUUUAUGGGCAUUUCCAGGAGCGUGCGUGCACCUCCAGAUGAGGGGCUGGCGGGCGGGGGUGGCAGCAGCAGCUCUAGCCUUGGGGACACCAGCGUCUCUCAGCCACACCAGGGGAAAAAGAGAGUUAAGGACACUCACCCCCAUCCACGCACACACACACACAAGGCAGCGUCGGGUGGGAGCAAGAAGGCCGUUUCUCCUUCUGCUGCCUGGGUCUCUGACGGGCCUUCCCCGGUCCUGAGCGAGAAACCAGUUGCCAGGUGAAGGGCCACGGCGGGCCAGGCCCCGACCCUGUCGUGACCCACCUGGGCACCUUCCCGGACCAGCUCCGCCUACCCUGCCCUCCUCUCUCCAGGAAGGAGCCAGAACACGCACCCUUCUCCCACCCUCCCCAGGGGUAACCCCAGGCCAAGCACAGACAGCUCAGCUAUGACCUCUGGCCUCUGGGGACAUAAACAGGGCGGCUGGGCCGGGGUGGCAGGUGCUCCACUUUCCCUCUCUCUGCGUGGUCCCUUUGACGGCCGGCCACCGUGUCCGGGGUGCAACGCUAGGCCUCCAGGCCACGCAUCCAUCUCCAAGUUAACAGGCCCUUAUCCUGCCCAAGCUCUGGGGCAGGUAGGAGGGGCCAUCACACACCUGCCCAUGUGUGAGUGACCCAGGAGGGGGCUUCUGGGUGGAGGUGGAGCCACCACGCCCUUCCUCAAGGGAUCACUUAUUAAAUGUCCUCGGGCCCUCUGCACAGAAGCCAUACGCCGGCCAACCGCGCCUCCUUCUCUGUCCACGGAACCGUUGCCGAUCUAAUCUUUGUAAAGACCUGUCUCCUGUUUCCAGCCACCACCUGUGGUUCUAGCAGGUUCUAUGCCAUCUGCAUUGGGAUGUCUGGUUGUUUUUAUUUCUGACUUUUUUAAAAUUCCAGGUGUGCCGCACCCACUUUCUCGCAGUGUUUUAAUAUUACGUGGAGUUGUUGAUACAAUGUGAAUUCAUACACAAUAAACAGCCUCACUCUCCCUUUU